UGCCCGCUAUUGCACAGAAGAAACACAUUAGAAAGCAAAGAAUAAAAAUCUCAAUCUCAAGCUAUAAUUUUACAGAUUUUUCAUGGGGAAUUGUCAGUGUAGACCGCGAGAAGGAGGGGAAAAUCUGAAAGGUUUCCUCGGUCGGAAAUUCCACAAAAUUUCUGGAAAACGUAAAAUUGACGAUCUUGUAACGGUUGCAAUUCAUGAUGAUGAAGAGAAAACUGGAAUCAAAAGAGGUGUUGUUGAGACUGGUAAAGCUGAUGAAGUAGAUGAUCACCUUGUAGAUAUGGCACUAGUAGACCUAGAGUGUGAAACUGUCUCCGAAGAUGAACUUUGUCCUGAUUCGGAUGGACGAUCAUCUUCAAACCAAGAGCAACUGGAUAAAUACCAAAUGUAUGAUGAUCUAAAUGAAAAAACUGAAGAUGACUGCCAAGAGAAGCCGUCCAGACAGGACGUGUUCGAGCACAAAGAAGAGAAUGACAACAUCCGGGUUUUGCAGCAACAGUUACAACAAGUACAGAACCAGUUAGCAAAUCUACAAAGAGGCGCAAGUAGCAGCCGUCAAAGUGUGAGCGCAAGGAUUAACCAAGAUGAAAGAUGCAGCGCCCGUUCCUUCCAAAGUCAACAGCCAGACGAAAUAAAGGGAACGUCUGCUGUACCAAGGUGUGAAAUAUUUAGUCCCAUUGAAACCGUCAGCCACAGAACCCCGCAAAGCACGUUCCUACACGCCCAGUGUGAUACUAGAGACCGCCUUGAUAAACAGUAUAAAGACGACCAUACUGAUAACGUCUCAGCUGCUGGUAAAAAGGAUGCUACCAGUACAAGAAUGACUCGGAUAAAAAGUAAUGACAAAGGUGAUGCUAGAGGCAAGGAUGACGGGCUGGCACAGAAACAUGGCCGGAGAAGCAAGAUGCAGGGUAUGAUAACUGAAGGUCUUAGGUCAAGGACUGAUGUCAAUAUAGCAAGGAACAAAGAUGUUAUGACUAAAAAAGAGUCAACCCAGAACAAUAAGACAGUAAAGGAGACCAAUACAGUCAUAGAUAAAGCUAGAAUAUCAGCCAAAAUAGCAGCUUUACAAAAGAGAGAUCAUGCAUUACCGCGUCCAGACAAAGGCAUUGUAUGGCCGGAGACGAUGGACGAUCUAAGCAAGGUCGAUAAGGCGUAUUACGUGGAACAGUUCUUGAGAAGCGAGCUUUUUAGACAGCGAUGCCUGAGAAAAUACCAGGGCAGCAACAAAUGGAUGAAUGGACUGACACCAUUCCAUCUCUGGGUUUUAGAGAAUGAAGACACUGCAGAAAUAGAAGCUGUACUGCAUCCUUUGCCAAAACGCCAAAACAAUGCUCAAGCCAAGGUCAGGUGCUGGAGAGGAAAAACACCGCCACCAUUACCACCAAAAUCUCAAUAAUUUUCUCCUUUUC